ACACUAUUCUGGAUUCCGAACCUCUGCACACACAGCUUGCCAGGAAACAAAAAACAGAAGAGAAAGUUUUCUUAGUUUCUGUUUUUCUAGUAUGUUUACUUUUAUUCUUGUUCGGAACAGACUUGUAGAAGAAGACCAUCAGACUGAGAAGUACAUCAAGACGGAGCUGUGUGUAACAGCAACCCUGCAACCAAUGGAGCUCACAGAAGGAACAUCACUGAGCCUGGUGAAUUUCAGGAACCUGACUAAUUCCUCAUGGCAAGGCUGUUCUCGCAAUAAUGUCCUAAAGACAACGGUGUUCCCCAUCCUCUAUUCUCUUCUUUUCUUGCUAGGAAUCAUCCUCAAUGGCCUAGCAGCUUGGGUGUUUUUCAGCAUCCAGAGUCGCUCGCACUUCAUUAUUUACCUCAAGAACAUCGUGGUAGCUGAUAUCCUCAUGACUCUGACUUUCCCCUUUAAGAUCCUGGCUGACUCGAACAUGGCCUCGGUUAGUCUCCGAAUUUUUGUCUGCCGCAUUUCUUCCGUGGUUUUCUACCUUACCAUGUACAUCAGCAUCCUUUUCUUCGGCUUUAUCAGUAUCGACCGCUGUAAAAAGACUCUCUACCCUUUCGCCGGCACCUGUCCUAAAAAGCUGGCCUACAGGAAGCUCCUGUCUGUGGGAAUCUGGGUGGCCUUGCUGGCGCUUUCCCUCCCUAACAUGAUCCUCACCAGCCAGACGCCUAAAUCGGACCAAUUUAGCUGCAGUAGCCUGAAGACUGAAUUAGGCUUAAAGUGGCACGAAGUUGUCAACCACGUCUGCCAGGUAAUUUUCUGGGGUAAUCUGGUAGCAGUAGUGGUGUGUUAUACACUCAUCACCAAAGAGCUGUUCAAAUCCUUCGCGCGGACUCGCGUUCUGAAUACGGCAGCUGGAAGCCAGGAGAGGAAGAAAAGGGUGAGAGCUAACGUCUUCCUGGUUCUCGCAGUGUUCUUCAUAUGCUUCGUGCCGUUCCAUUUCGCCCGAGUUCCUUACACCCUGAGCCAGACGAGGGAGCAUCAUUUCAACUGCAGACAGAAACUUGUCUUCUUCCAGGUGAAAGAGAGCACACUGUGGCUGUCUUCUCUGAACUCUCUUCUAGACCCCCUGAUCUAUUUCUUCCUCUGUACCUCCUUCAGAGACUCGCUGUUCAAAAUCCUACGCCUCUCGCCUGGGAUGUGUGGGGCAUUGCAGCUCAGUACGGAUACUCCUGCGGACAGCAACCUUGUGGGAAACCGUUCGACACAAACAUAGUCAUGUGACUCUUACAAAUGAUCCGGAAUGUGAAGUUUUUAACCUCUUUUCUGUAUUUUAUAUAGUAUAAUACAGUAUAAUAUACUUUCCAGAAUGCGCUGUAUUUUGCUAUGAAAUUUUAAAAUGUCUUAGGAGGAGGAAAAGUCACUUAGACACUUUAAUGCUUUAUAUUCAAAAUAAGAGCUUAACAAAAAUGUUCGUAAGUCCAGACAUUUUAAAACGAUUAAUAAUCAACAAAUUAAAAUGUAGAAAUCUUAAUCAAUUAACCAAUUGUAACGACCGACUAACUCGCUUGACUUUUGCUUCUACGUCACUAAAUAUAUCUUUAAAUAUCUUUCAACUGUAUGUGUGUGUAUUUUUUUUGUUUAUUUUAUUUCUUAAACAUUGUCAGAAAGUAUUUUUCUGCAUUUUUCUGCAGUUUCACGGGUGUUUCACGACAUUAAAUGUGAUUAUAACCAGAUAAAAAGGAUGCUGUGUUGUUCUUUCAUGAAUAGAAAUGUAAUGCUUAGUAUUGAGUAAGUUCCUGAUACACUUGGGCUAAAUUUCAAAUCUUCCAGAAACCC